AUGUCAGAUCCUAACGAUCUCGUUGGUGACAAUUCCGGGGUGAAUACACCACCUCUGGAUAGCGAUUACGACUGGCUUGACCAAUUUAAUAUCGGGUUAUUCGAUGAUGCGGAAAUUCAAGAUAAUUUUGAGGUGGAUUUCUUCGACAAUUUUGAUCGACAGUUUGGUGAUAUACAAUAUGGUGGCACAGCUAUUGCACUUGACAAUCCUGAGGAGUCUGAAGCCGUUGAAGAGUUUAAUUUGGAUUUACUAGAUCAACCUCAUGAUGAUCAAGAAGCUCACAACAAUGCGACGCUUCAUGUUCCCUUGAGAACAAUUCGAAGAUCACGUCAGAGACUCGAUCGUUUCAAACUCGAGACACAUACGGACUGUGUCAGAGUACAUGCUAAAAAAUUGAAGGCAGGGGCUGAUAAGGGCGAGCUCCACAAGGAGUGGUCACUAAUUCGAUGUUCUAAGGGUAAAAUGCAACGUGAAGAGGCGUUGCGCCUAACCCGUGAGGCUGCAGUUAUUCUACCUGUCCAUGGCUGUGGUUUAGAAGAAGUUGCUCAAUAUCAAAGAUAUUUAGCACGAGAGGGAUGUAUUAUCAAGAUUUAUUCUCUCAAAAGAAUUGGUAAAGAUCGCCCUGUACUCUACGAUGGCACACCUGAAGUGCUAGAUAGUUUAAAUUACUUCCACAUGGCUUUAGCCAGCUUGCCAAAGGCUUUUGGGCUAGGAGACAUAGCUAAAGGAUAUUUUCCACAUUUUUUCAAUAACAAAGAAAAUCAGGACUAUGUAGGGUCUAUGCCGGAUGAGAAAUAUUAUGGCGCUGGUACGAUGAAUGUCCAAGCUCGAGAAAAAUUCUUGGUAUGGUAUAAUGAACGGGUCGCUGAAAACUAUGAGUUUAAUUUUAGAAAAGAAAUUCUCCAUUAUUGCAGACUUGAUGUUACAAUUUUGAGAAGGGCGUGUGUGGAAUUUCACAAGGAUAAAAUUCAACAGAAUGCUGGGUUGAGAGCUGUGGCGAAGCUUUGUCUUAACUGUCUCUGGGGUAAAUUUGGAGAGAGAGAAAAUUUAACCAAAAAGGCAAUUAUUCGAACAUAUGAGGAACUUGCCCACAUAAUGUUCAAUCCUGAAAUUGAGGGGACAGGUCUUGUACCCGUUGAUAACGACACUCUCUUCAUGUCCUGGAAACAUUUAAACGAAGCUGCGGAACUGUCUACCAAGGCUAAUGUUGUAAUUGCAGCAUAUACAACAGCUCACGCCCGCCUUAAAUUAUAUUCUUAUUUGGAAAAACAGCAGGAGCGUGUCUUAUAUUACGACACAGAUUCAGUAAUUUACGUGAGCGAUGGAAAAAAUGAAUUACCGCUAGGGAACUUUCUAGCGGAUUUGACCGACGAAGUCGAGGGCUACGGUGAAGGGAGUUUCAUUUCAUCUUUUGUCUCAGGAGGCCCUAAAUUUUAUACUUAUCGCGUAAAAAAUGAUGGGAGUAUCGCCGAAGUCAGUAAGAUAAAAGGGGUUAUUCUGAACUAUGAGACGCGUAAACAGAUACAUUAUGACUCGAUUCGAGCCCUCGUUGUCGAUAAAGCAGAACCUUACCAGAUCAACUACAAAGGAAUACGGCGCACAAUGUAUCAUGACGUCAUCACGAAAGCGGAAAGUAAGAUAAUACGGGUGACAGGCCCAAAAUGA